UGAACCAAACGCCGCUGACACGAUGCACUCCCCGAAAGCCGUGCGCCUGACGGGACGUGUCAAGUAAAAAUUGUCUUCUUUAUUUGUGUUUUUAAUUGUUAAUCUGGAGGGACGGACACGAGGUGUCGCCUGCUGGCGCAGUUCGUCAGCAGGCGUGGUGAGCGGGGCUGGAGGGUGACAUUCCACUCAGGAAUGUCGCCUUGGGAAGAAUGCCUCUUGCACGGAAGGAGGAGGAGGAGGGAGGAGGUGGCGCUGUGAAUGAAACUCCUUCGCGGACACGCCGGAUUGACAAGAGUUCCUCUUAUUCGCGCGUCUCUCGGCGUCUCUCGCUCUCCUCGCCUCCCUCUCCUCCGCUGGCGAUGUCCGUGUACGUGGUGACCGUGGCCACAGGCACCCAGUACUUCGCAGGUACCGACGACUACGUGUACAUCACGCUGGUGGGAGCCAGGAGGUCCACCGAAAAGCACUUGCUCGACAAGCCCUGGUACAACGACUUCGAGAAUGGCGCGGUGGACUCGUACUCGCUGGAGGCCGAGGAAGAGCUCGGGGACAUCCUGCUCGUGAAAAUUCAGAAGCGCGGAUUCAUCUUCGGCGACGACUGGUACUGCAAGUACGUCCACGUGAAGACCCCGAAGGGAGAGCACAUGGAGUUCCCCUGCUACAGGUGGUUCAUCGACGACAAGGAGAUUGUGCUUCGCGAGGGCAAAGCCCGAUUAGCGCAUCAGGACACGCUCCAGGUGCUCAAGCAGCAGCGUCUGCGCGAGCUGGAGGAGCGGCAGCAGCUCUACCGGUGGCAGGAGUGGCAGCCUGGCUUCCUGGGCAGCAUUGAUGUGGCGCGCCACAGGGACCUGCCACGGGACAUCCAGUUUGACAGCGAGAAAGGAAUCGACUUCCUCCUCAAUUACACCAAAGCGAUGGAAAACCUGUGCGUCAAUCAGUUCAUGCACAUGUUCCAGUCGUCCUGGAGUGACUUUGCCGACUACGAGAAAAUCUUUGUGAGAAUAAAAAACACCAUAUCUGAGUAUGUCAUGAAGCACUGGCAAGAGGACUUCAUGUUUGGCUACCAGUUUCUGAACGGCUGCAAUCCCGUCGUCUUCAAAAAGUGCACCGAGAUCCCUGCGAAACUUCCCGUCACUCACGAGAUGGUGGAAGCGUGUCUGGAGCGCUCCAUCUCCCUGGAGGAGGAGGCAAAGCAAGGAAAUAUCUUCAUCGCCGACUACAGCAUCAUGGACGGAAUCCAGGCCAAUUCCACUGACCCGUGCACGAUGCAGUACGUGGCGGCACCCAUCUGCCUCUUGUACAACAACGUCAACAAGAAGUUAGUUCCCAUCGCCAUCCAGCUGCAGCAGACCCCAGGCUCGGACAACCCCAUCUUCCUGCCAACCGACUCCAACAACGAUUGGAUGUUGGCCAAGAUGUGGGCGAGGUCUUGUGACUUCCACGUGCACCAGACGGUGUCUCACUUGCUGCACACACACCUCAUCUCUGAGGUGUUCGGGAUCGCCAUGUUCCGACAGCUGCCGGCCGUCCAUCCCAUCUUUAAGCUGUUGGUGCAUCACACGCGCUUCACCAUCGCCAUCAACACAAAAGCCAGGGAGGAGCUCAUCUGCAAGUGUGGCCUCUUCGACAAGGCGAAUGCAACAGGGGGAGGCGGCCAUGUGCAGCUCGUGCAGAGGGCUGUGAAAGAAUUAAAAUACGAACAUCUGCAAUUUCCCAAGAACAUCCAGAUGCGUGGCGUGGACAGCGAGGAGAGCCUUCCCUAUUACUUCUACCGUAAAGAUGGCCAGCAAGUCUGGAACUGCACGGCACAGUUUGUGAAGGAAGUGCUUGCCGUCUACUACCCCGACGACAAGACCGUCAAAAUGGACUCCGAGGUGCAGGCCUGGAUCAAUGACAUCUUUGUCUACGGGUUCCGGAACAACAAGGAUUCAGGAAUCCCCCAGUCGUUUGAAACACUGGAGGAGCUGGAGUUGUUCAUCACCACGGUGAUAUUUGCCACAUCAGCGAAUCAUGCCGCUGUCAACUUUGGGCAGUACGACUGGUAUUCCUGGAUCCCGAACGCCUCUCCAACGAUGAGACAACCUCCACCGACUGAGAAGGGAGUGACAACCAUGGACUACAUCAUCGCCAGCCUGGCUGACCGCGGUCGCUCCUGCUGGCACCUUGGCGCAGUCUGGGCCCUCAGCCAGUUUCAGGAGAAUGAGAUUUUCUUGGGUAAUUACCCCGACCAGCACUUCACAGAGAUGCCAAUCCUGGAGGCCAUCGCGAGAUUCAAGGAGCGCCUCCAGGAAAUCACCUCCAGAAUCACGGAGAGGAACCGGGGGAAGAAACUUCCCUACUACUACCUGUCCCCAGACCGCAUCCCCAACAGCGUUGCUGUCUAAUGGCAGCCUAAUCGAGGUUUGCCACCUUGCCUGGGUUUGAUCCGGACAGUCCAACAAUUGGCAUCUGCGUUCGGGCCACGGGAAUUGAUUUCUACUGAGACCUAAUUACUGGUGUUGUGUUGUUGAACUUUAUUAUUAAUAUAAUAUAGAGGACAGUUUUGAUAGACCUUGGUGCUGGCUAAGAAAUACGUCUGGGUUUGGCCUACAGUGGAAAAGGUGGCAACCCUAGUCCCAUCACACACGGCACACACCGUGGCUAAUUGAAACAUAACAUCCAUCAUCUGAAACAAUUCUCACCGUGACAUUGUGCAACCACU